AUGGCCUCGCAAACCCUUCUUAUCCCUAAUGAAGGUGACCGGGAGGACCUUCGAAGCUACCGCACGCUGUGCCUGCCGAGCGUGUUAUUCAAAGUGUUCACCAAGAUCAUAUCCAGGACGAAGCCCAGCUUGAAGAACAAGCCGAAUUUCGUCAUGGGGUUGAGCAGCGUGAAGCACAUCCAGAUCGUGUCGAAGGUUUCCCGGGAGUACCGGCUGCCCAUUGUUCUAACCUUAGUCGACUAUGAGAAAGUCUUCGAAAGCGUAGAAGCGAAUCCAACAACGUUAGCACAGGCCGAUCAAGCUGAGAACGCGUCGUAUGUGAGGACAUUAGCCAAUUACUACGAUCGAUGCACUACUAAGAUACAGCUUUUCCACUGCCCCGUCACCAUCCAUAUCGAUUGGAAAACGAGUACGACAAGUCGAUACUAUAUCACGACCACGUCUACACGACAAUGGAAAAUGAAAACACUUGGUUGGGAAGAAAGUGACAUGCGUGUUGACGGAAUAUUCCUCUCGAACUUUUGUUUUGCGGAAGAGAUAGAGCUACAGCUAAAAUCUUCACUGCGAGGACGGAAGAAUACAACCUGA